UGUUUGUUGUGGGAAAUAAGCACUGUGCUGCCCGACUAGGACUGGGCCCACGUUAACGGAACAAGGACGAAACAGACACCGUUCCCUUUCAUGUGGAGAUGUGGCAGCUUUCUGCAGGGGCCAGAUAAGCAAGAGGGACGCGCCGGGACCAGGACGAAGGAGGGGACAUUUGUCGGAUAGCGGAGAAGCAGAACCGCCAAGAGACAGCACGGAGCUGUCGCGAUGCGGUAGCUAAAACAUGGACAGCAGAGUCAAGGAGAACCCAGAGAGAACAUUUGAUCUGGUAGUGCAUGUGGCAUCUCCAACAGCUAUUAAUGGGGAUCCAACCAUGCUGUGGAGCUUCCCCCAGGACUUCACCGACCAGGAGGUGCUUCAGACGAUACCAAAGUUCUGCUUUCCCUUUGACAUGGAAAGAGUCUCACAGAGUCAUGUUGGACAGAACUUCACCUUUGUGCUGACUGAUAUCGACGGCAAGCAGAGGUUCGGGUUCUGUCGACUUACUCAAGGUUGCCGAGUUUGCAUAUGUCUGCUCAGUUAUCUUCCAUGGUUUGAGAUCUACUACAAGCUGCUGAACACCCUUGCAGACUACCUAACAAGACAACAGAAAAAUGACUUGAAUGACAUGCUCAACUCUCUAUAUGAUCUUCCUGUGCCAAAGCCCUUCACGCCAGUCAACCUGAGUGUGAAUGAGCAGUUGUAUAUUGCCACUGGGCAAGUACUGAGAGAUCAGCGAAGCAAGGCACCGCACUCCUACUUCAUCGCCCCGGAUAUCAAUGGACUGCCAACUAUCCCAGAGAGUAGAAACCUGACAGAAUACUUUGUGGCUGUGGAUGUCAACAACAUGCUGCAACUCUACAGCAGUAUGCUUCACGAGCGCCGCAUUAUCAUUACCUCAAGCAAGCUGAGCACUUUAACUGCAUGUGUCCACGGUGCAGCUGCUUUGCUCUUUCCAAUGUACUGGCAGCAUAUCUUCAUUCCCGUCCUGCCCCCGCAUUUUCUGGACUAUUGCUGUGCACCCAUGCCAUACUUUGUGGGAGUUCAUCUUAGUCUGCUGGAGAGAGUACGCAGUCGGUCCCUGGAGGAUGUGGUCAUCCUGAACGUGGACACCAACACACUGGAGAGUCCCUUUGAUGAUCUGCACAACCUUCCCAGUGACGUGGUGUCCUGUCUGAAGAGCAAGCUUAAGAAGCAGUCAACAGCAACAGGAAGUGGCGUAGCGAGGGCCUUCCUGAGAGCACAGGCCGCUCUGUUUGGCUCCUACCGGGACGCCCUCCGAUAUAAACCUGGGGAGCCUAUAACGUUCUGCGAGGAGAGCUUUGUGAGCCAUCGCUCAAGCACGAUGAGGAACUUUUUGUCCAUGGCUGUCAACCUGCAGCUCUUCAAACAGUUCAUCGACGGACGGCUGGCCAAAUUGAACGCAGGCCGCGGCUUCACCGACGUGUUUGAAGAAGAGAUCACAGAGGGGGGCUUCUGUGGAAGUAAUGGAAAGUCCUAUCAGCAAUGGAUGCACACUGUAAAGAGAGGUGGAGCACUCAUCAAUACAGCAGUGACAAAGGCCAAAAGUCAUGCCAAGAGGGGCAUCCGGGACAUAAAAGGACGACUCAGAGCACGGGAGGAAGAGGACGAAGGGAUGACAGUCUGUGCGGGAUCCCCCACCAGUACCAAGAGCCUGUCUCCAAGGCGACUGCAAAGGAUGAGACGGCAAAACUUCAAGAAGUCUCCAGUGAGCGUGGGCCCUCGAGAGCUAGGCUACGGGCUUGAUGACGACGAGCUGGACAGGGCUAGCAAGCUCUCGUCAGAGGACAGUGGUGAUGUCCCCUCAUACACGGAGGACAGCGAUGACUCCUACUCUUUGGAGCUGGACAUCGACUCCUCCCAGUCAGGCAAGAUGAACCUGCUGGAGGAGAUCCUGGACUCUCUGAACACCACCACGAUGGAGCAAGGCAAACUCAUUGCAGCCAAGAGCCUAGACUUCUUCAGGUCCUUGGAGGACUUGGACUACCAAGCCCCGAAUAAGGUUAACGCCUCUGGUGACUUUCAACCGUCAGAGGAAAGCGGUUGUGGCGGAGGCGGGGAUCAGGGGGGCUGGAACAUGGGUCAGGAUGACAGUGCGGUCCACGGGAAACACCUCCCACCGUCCCCGCGCAGACAGCCCAACAAGAGCAGCCUGAAGAAACCCCUCAUCCCCCCUGUGCCUGUAACAGAUGAGCAGUCCGGUCCACAUCCUCUACCUCCAGAGAGACGAGCGGGAGACCGCUUCUCCUAUUCACCCUCAACAUCUCAUCGAAUUACACCCACAACGCCAUCUCCAACUUUGUCUCACGCAUCUUCAAUUCCAAACUAUUCUCCGCUGCCGGCGGCCCGCGCUCAGACCAUUUCAGAGCCCCAAGCGAGCGCCGAGCCCCCUCCGACGCAGAACCCGACCGGCUCCACCGGCAUCUUGAGGAGGAAGGUGCUCUCCAAGGAGACGGUGAGGAACUACAAGAAGAAGUCUCUGCAGAGGCAGGGAUGCAAGGAGACUAAGGCCAGGAACAGCCAUACAGUGCAGGUACCCUGGGAGAAGGACUACAAGGAGGGGCUUCCGAGUCUGGAUCACUCUAAAGGCCUGGGGGCGACUUUGCAGGAUCGAGGCCUCCUGGAGGAGAUCGAGUCCAUGUGCUGUGUCGGACCGGUACUCCACAGUGGCCUGCAGCUCUCGCAGGUUCACUGCAAUAACAGUCACCACAGCAAAGCCACGGAAAACUCGUAACUUUCUACCGGACAGUUUUAUUCUGGAAGUCUGCGGCAGCCUGCCACGGAUCCAUUUCAUGUCAAGACUUACAGAGAAAUGUGAGGACCUAGAGCUGGAGUCUGUGGGAACAAAACAGAAAAGACUGGUGGAGAGUAACAAGAUCUCAACCAAGGGACUGAUUUCCACAACUUAUGCAAGAAGUAAAUGCAUAUUGGCAAGACGCUCUACAGGUGCAUCCAAAUAGGAUGUAAUAGCUAGGAAAACUUAAUUCAUUUCAGUAGUUCCAUUCAAAAAGUAAAUUUCACAUAUGUAGAUUCACUACACACUGUGAAAUAUUUCACAAUUUAAUAACGUUGAGGAUUAUAGUUUACAGUUAACGAAAACCCUCAAUUAACCAUCUCGAGAAAUUCGAAUACAUUGAACACCCGCAGCUGGCACGGUUAUGGUUAUGGUUAUGUGUUCUGUAUGUUUUUACUGCUUAGGCUACAUAGAAUCACUUUCAGAGGAGUCUGUGUUUAAGUCAAACUAAGAUUGUCGCUACUGUAACCUUUAACGAACAAGGGGAAUAUUUCUAUUUAAUUUGGAUUAAUUUGAGAAAUUGACAUUUAAAAGGUUAUGGAUGGGGUUUUUGGUGCCUGAAAAUGACCUUUUUUGCAAUUUUGGUAUUCUCAGAGAACGGCUGGUCGGUAAAAUGGAAAACUGGUUAGCACAUCUGCCUCACAGUUCUGAGGACCGAGGUUCAAAUCCCGGCCCCGCCUGUGUGGAGUUUGCAUGUUCUCCCCGUGCCUGGGUGGGUUUUCUCCGCGCACUCCGGUUUCCUCACAUCCCAAAAACAUGCGUGCUAGCUUGAUGGAAGACUCUAAAUUGCACAUAGGUGUGAAUGUGAGUGCGAGUGGUUGUUUGUUUCUAUGUGCCCUGCGAUUGGCUGGCGACCGGUUCAGGGUGUACCCCGCCUCAAUGCCCGAAGAUAGUUGGGAUAGGCUCCAGUAGCCCGCGACCUGAGUGAGGAUAAGCGGCACGGAAAAUGGAUGGAUGGAUGGAUGAACACCCGCAUAGUCACGGUUCGGUAUUUGCAAAUUCACCUAUUUGUGGAUUUUUGGGGGGAGCCUAUCCUGUUAUUGACUGAAAAGCUCACCUAUUCACUGUUUUUUGUGCUUGAGCCAAAGCAAUUAAAGCAUUACUUAGGCGCCAUCUUGUAGCAUCUUGGUACCAAGGAUCUUGUUGAAGUGAAUAGAGGAGCUUCAUUUAGUCAACAAUCUUGCUUUGCUGCCAUCUAGUGCAGUGGUGCCCAACCUUUUUUCCACCACGGACCGGUUCAUGCAAGUACUUAUUAUGGGCGGACCGGCAACCAUUUGUUGAUGGGGAUGGAUGGUACUUUCCCGAUCAGAAGCUCAUUGGUGGUGGUGGUGGUGAUUGGCCACCACUGAUCUAGUGGUGUCUUGGUGCCAGGGAACCAUGUUGAAAUGAGUUGAGGAAUGUCAUCUUGACAAAAAUGCUUUGCUGCCAACUUUUGGCACUUUUGGGAAGGUUGUCAAUUAGGCACAGAUUUCCGCGAUUCGCGGCAGGGUUCGCUUCCUAAACUGGGCCGAUAGCAGGGCUUCACUAUAUUACAGUAGAAACAAUCAAAAUAAUGUUUAAUACAGAAAUGACAUAGCAUUGUCCUGUGUGUUUAGGGACUCUGAAUAAUAUGAGUUUCACUUUUUGAAUUCAACUACUGGGGAAAAAAAAAAAAAAAAAAAACCUUUCCUGCCAUAUUCAUUGAAUUGCACCUGUAUAUGGGCAAAAGUAUUGGGAUACCAUUACAUUCGCAAGAAGUGAAAGAAAAUAUAGCCAGCUCCUCCGAUGGCGCUAUUAACAGUGUGCACACAAAAACGUUUUUCAAGAUGUUCGAGUGUCUGUGAGGGGUUUUGUCCUUUGAUCCAGAAGAACAUCCCAUAUGUGUUUCCAGUCAAGUUUUGCCACAUGAAACCCAUCAGUCACGAACAGAAAACGACUUGGAGGCAGAGAAUUGUCAGAGAAAUGUUUUGGUAACCCAAUUGCUGAUUGAUUAAUUAAACAAUUAAGAGGUGUGUCCUGAGACUUUAGUCCACACAGCCUUCUGCAGAUGUCAGAUUUUUUUUUUUUUUUUUUUUUUGUUCUCAGUAGCAAUGAAAACAUGACGGAAGGAAGGAGGACUUUGAGAGUCGUGCCCAUGUUGCGUUUUCCACGCGUUCCAGGAAUUCAAAUAAGUCCUGAAAGGACAACGUCACAUCCCAUCGUCGCGGCAACGGUCCUCACAUAUCACUCGAGCAACGCACUUUUCGAUGAACAAGUAUUUAAACAGUCCCCGUGAGCCUUGGGAAGUGAUGCGACACUGUGUACUACAUUUCUGACACACCACGCCUUAAGUGGACAUGUGAUUUGCUUGUCUGUUGAUUACGUGAAGCCGUAUCGGAGGUGUGAACGGUACUUUAGGCAAAUACGUCAUUGAUCCUGGAUGAUGACGUGCUGUUAAGCUGCUCUUCAAAGUUGCAUUCCAGAGAAGGAACUUGCAUGUAGACACUGAAAGGAAGGCCACAUGAACGAUGCGUCUUAGUUUUCAUUUUUCAACCCUUUCUCCUCGUCCUGUAUUGAUGGUUCUUGCGCUCUGCUCAAAUGUCAUUUCUUUCAUCUUGUCUUCUCUCCAUUUCUUUUGUUGUUGUUGAAAGACUUUUAAGCAUUUAUUCAAUAUCUGUGAUAUCCAGUUUGAGGCACAUGUACUGGUCUGCUGUUUUCUUCACUAGAUAGAAUAACUGUCUUACUAGUAAAGUUUUUUUCCCCCACUACUAUAUGACAGAACAAAUUUGGCAUACUAAUAGGACAACUGCAUGUUACUAGUGAGGAAAAAACUGCACUAGUUGAUAUAUGCUAAUACUACUACUGGAGUGCUAGAUAUUAACUAGUAGUAUUAGAAGUAAUUAUAAUGCCACUAGUAUUACUAGUACCACAAGGUUGUCAACUAGUGAGGCAAAACUACUAGUGGGCAUUUUUGAGUCUACUAUUGGGGUUCAAGAGGCUACUAGCGUGCGACAGAUGCCUACCAAUUAGGCCUAGCUGUGUUAUUACACUGCAAAAAUGCAAAAUCUAAACCAAGUGAAUUUAUCUUUUUUUCCGAGUGAAAACAUCGCACUGUACUUUCAGACAGUUUGACUUCUUUUUUUUCCUCUACAUUUUUCCUGACAAAAAGACCUAUUUUAAGUUGAAAGAUCUUUAAGAAUUUUAUCAUAUCAAUUCAUAAUAGUUCCAUUGGCAGAUUACUUACACUGAAUUUAGGGACAGAAUGUCUUAUUUUAACUUAAUAUAAGAUUCUUAAAAGUCACAACUGUCUUCACGGUCUGUUUGUUUGUCUGCUUUCACAAGAACUAAGAUACAUUUGAUGGGUAAGAUUGGCAUUUUUGCAGUUUAGUGCAGCACAGUACAGCAUACUAGUACAUGAACCUUAAGCGGGAUAUCACGGGUACGGAACGGCCUUUCCGCGUGUCCGAGCUUCCAGUCGCACACUGAUGAUAGCGUGUAUGAUUGUAACGCAGCUCACACUUACAUGUGUGUGACGUGCACAGUGUGAUUCUGCGGCGAGAAACGCUGCAUGCGGAGGUUUGAGGCUCAAAGAGGGGAAAAAAAAACAGAAAGGGGAGGGGGCUUUCCCCUGCGCUCGGUUUGGUGCUAUUGUUGCGAUUUCGACCAGACGCCAGUCAGCCGGCAGCCAGUUGGCGGAUUGCCGCCGCCGCCGCCGCCCUGUUAAUGUUUUGCUCAUAAAGUAGCCGGCCAGCGUCUCAACGAGCAGACGUCGGUAGUAGUAACUCCAAAUAAGGAAAAACUCCAGAACCAACUCUCCGGCGGCCCAACUUACUGACACACAUUAAAACACAAAGUGACUAUGCAAACAUUUCCAACUCAAAGGGUAAUACUUAAACUACUUGGGGGGGGGGGCAAAUCAAGUUAGCUUCUAAUGGGAAUAAGCCACGUCGGUUGUGUUUGUGUGUUCAACUGUGUGGUGUGCCUUAUAAAGAGUAUACCUGGUACAGUAUUAAAGAGAACGGUAGGAGUAUGCAAUGUUUAAAUCAUCAUGUGGUCCUUUGAUUGUUUCAAGAUUGAAAACAACUUUCGAGUGCUUGUGACCAAAUGACCUGAAGUGAACUCAGGCAAUGUUUUUCAGACAGGGCGCACCUCCUGUUAUUUUAUUUAAUUUGUUUUUUGUUAGAUUAUUAUUCCAUGAGUUAGAUUUUUUUUUUGAAACUAUUUCAUUUCUUUUCUCUAGAACGUAGGUCAAAAGUUUAAAAAAGGCAUUUAAAACGCUCUCAGAGGAUUUCAUUUCAUAACAGAAAAACCAGAAAAAUAAAAUAUUUUCAGCUCACUAGACAUGUAUUUUUUACAUAAUAUAUAAUUGGUGUUGUGUGUUGAAAAUGACACCCAAUGUGAAUGUUUUAGAUAAUAUUUUUUGAAAGAGACUAUUUACAAAAGAGACAACAAUAUCAAAUGUAUCGCCCACGGUCCAGUGCUUACUCUUGUUUCUGCACGCAUGUUCAGUACUUGGAUGUAUCGUCUGCUCGGACUUUGCUCUUAUUUAAUGUGGUUCAUUCAUAAUUAUUGGUAAUUAUAUCAGUACUUAGCAUGUCAGUCCCCAAACAAGACAAAACAAAAGAAUGAUGCAAAUAUGUUGGUUCUGCCUUGCAUUGGAUUGCAUUGUAGUAUUUAACAUCAUCUGCCUUGUAGGAGAACAUAUUUUUUACAUUUAUUGGCUGCUGUAAAUAAACCGUAGAGAAGAAAUCCAUAAGCGGUUAACUACUUUUGUGAGGAAUGUGAAAACUUACGCUGACUGUUUACACCAAAGCUAUACAACGAUGAUGGCAGUAGUGUGGGGGAGUUCGCAUUUCAGUAUGUGGAAGAAGAGCCACCGCUCGGUGCUUGUUGCUAUUCUGCCCGCGCCCGAGUGUGCUAAUGUACACAUUAAGGAGUGCAGACGGACACAUUUCAUCAUGUAUUUCAACAUCACUUUCCGUACGCCAAAAAUAUUCUAAAAUGCAACAUCUGUGUCGUAGAAGUAUAAACAUGAAGCAACAUCUUGUUUGGUUAUUGUAACGAUUAAGUUCUCUGGUACGUUCUGAUUUUGUACAAAAUGGCAUGUUCUCGUUGUGGAGGAAACGACUGAGGUGAAUCUCAUGAGGUGUCGAUGACAAACCUGGUACAACUGCACAUCUUGUAUGCACUGUGAACUGAAAAUAAAUGCUCUUUCAUGCAACCUGCUUGCCUAGACACAAAUACAUUCAAGAUAUCUGCGAGCUGUAUCACCUACCUUUACAAAGAUAAUGCUCAGUUUUGU